CCUCCGAAGGUGCCUACUAUCUUAGCAAAGUGCUCAAAAGUUUGUCACUAGAAAAACUGAUUCUGCGUUUAAAUCCCAUUGGCAGCGAAGGAGCUGCCUCAAUAUUUGGCUCUUUGGAUGAUUUGCCUUUGACUGAUUUAGAUAUGGCCGGUUGUUCUCUAGACGAGACAAUUACAAAACUGUUUAUGCAAUUGAUUAUACAAAAUAAAACUCUAUGGUCCAUAGAUAUCUCAAAUAAUUGCUUGGGACAGGACUUUGGUAAACAUUUAUUCAAAGUUAUUGGCUUUAAUAAGACUUUAAAAAAUAUGAAUUUAAGAAAUACUGGUCUCUCACUGGAUAUGUGUAAACAAUUUCUGGAGGUUUUAAAAGAAAGUCAUAUAAAGAAGAAAUAGUUAUAUUAUUUAUUAUGUACGUGAACCUAACUAGAAUUAGCUGUGGAAACAUUUGUUCACCAAAAAGUUAACUUUUCUUGAAAUAUAAUUUUACAAACUUUUAUUUGAAAAUUUCCCCUGAUUAUCAAUAUAAUACUAUUCUUUAUUACAAAUAUUUCCAAAAAAAAAACAAUAUUUCUUUAUUUUUUA